CUCUCAACCAAUAACAUUCAAUAUCGUUAACCGCGUCAUUCAAACGCUCGACUGUCGUCCAGUCAUUUCUUCAUCUGACUUUCAACAGCGGAGUUGCCUUCUUACAACCAUUCACCAAAGCCAUGGCGUCAACACGAGGUCGCACGCUACGCGACCAGAGCGAAAACCAAUCUACCAGCUCACUCAUCCCUGGCGUUCACCCUUUGCUGGGAAAAGACACAAAACAGCUCAGACGACCCGCUCUCGGUGAACUACGCAAUCGAAAGAAAGUUGAACGAGUAGAAGGGAAAGCAGCCGACCCGUCACGUGACUGCCUCAACUUGGACUCCCUUUCUCGGUCACUUCCGGCCACUGGAGUCGAGGAUAUCGACCAAGACGAUUGGGAAAACCCUCAACUGUGCGCCGAGUACGUCAACGAGAUCUACACGUACAUGCGCCAGCUGGAAAUAAAGUUUACGGUACCACGUGACUAUAUUGGGAAACAGAGAGAUAUCAAUGAGAAGAUGCGCGCUAUCUUGAUCGAUUGGCUGGUACAAGUUCAUCUCCGCUUUCAUCUGCUUCCGGAAACAUUGUAUAUGACUAUCAGUAUUAUAGACAGAUAUCUCGCUAGUGAGCAGGUCACUCGUGGCAAACUGCAGUUGGUUGGAGUAACUGCUAUGUUUGUUGCAUCAAAGUACGAAGAGAUCUACGCUCCAGAGUUGCGCGACUUUGUCUACAUCACCGACAAUGCCUAUACAGGCAAACAAAUACGAGACAUGGAGAGACACAUGUUGGCUGUGUUGAAUCACGACUUGGGCAAGCCUUUGCCACUACAUUUUCUGAGACGGAAUUCAAAGGCAGGACAAGUGGAUGCUGACAUUCACUCUGUUGCCAAAUACUUGAUGGAACUUUCGCUGCAGGAUUACACAAGUUUGGAGUAUUGUCCAUCAGAGAUUGCUGCUGCAGCACUUUGGAUAUCACUGAAAGUAAACGGAUCAGCAAUCACAUGGAAUCCAACACUGGUACACUACAGUACAUACACUGAGAAGGAUCUCAAGCCAUGCGUCAAUCAUCUGGCUCGACUUGUCAAGGAGAGUGCGACAUCAAAGCUGCAAGCCGUCAGGAACAAGUACUCGACAUCGAAGUUUCUCAACGUUAGCAGCAAGCCAGGGCUGCAGCCAUCAAACAUAAUGAAGAUGAUCAGUUGAAUUCGAAUGUGUGGAUGGUUUGUACAUGUAGUGAGAAAGUGUGAAGUAUUUUAGCUGACAGUUUUUGAUCCAUAAACAGUUCGAUAGUGAUGUCGUGGUACAUGUACUUGGUACAGCUAUAGUAAUAAAUAGCUUG